CAGUCGUCAAAAUCGACCAGGCAGGCUAUCACGAUCCCGACCCGACCAAACCCAAAACUCACCGAAUAACGCAACCCCGAUGCACCGUAUUCCUUGAACAAGGAUAUGAUUAUCAGCGACUGUCAACCAGCAUCACUAACAUACUGAAUUUGAAACCCCCUCCCCCUACGAAAAAAAAGUACGCUUGGACAAAACUCUGCAUGCCCACUACCGAUACCGCGCCGGAGCAUCCAUUCUUCUCCUGGCCUGGACGGGGUCAUGUCAGCCGUCAACUCCGCGACGUCACAAACCGCUGCACCUCCGCGACCGGCAGCGAUGGCGAACGGCACAUCCCCCUCUGCCGUGCCGGUCCCGGCCGCUGCGGCGGCAGCAACAGCACCCCAAUUGAACAAGAAAACGAAGAAGAAGGCACUCGACUCGAACGAGGCUUCCAAGCUGGUCGCCGCCAGGAUUUCCCAGUUGGAGCUUGACCAGGCAGGGGACAAGGAGCAGGAGAUUGAGAUUGAACGGGAGGUCAAGAAGGCAAAUCGCGAACUCAACUCACAGACAGCCAAGAUGGAUAAUCUUCAAAAGAUUGAUCAUCUGACGAAGCGUUGUUCGGACCUGCUCGCCGACAUGAAAAGGCACGAAAGGGAAAGCCUAAAGAACAAAAAGCGGGGUGACCAGCUUCAGAAGGAAAAGGACCAGAGCCGCACUGAACUCACCAAGACUGUUGGCCUCAAGGAGAAGCUUGAAAAGCUUUGCAGGGAGCUUCAGAAAGAAAAUAACAAGCUCAAGAGCGAGAACAAGGCCUAUGCAGAUAAGCAACUGCGUGAUCAGAAUUCCUGGGACGAGAAGUUUCUUGGGCUGCUCCAGCGACUCGAUGACUAUCAGAGCGAGAAGGACAACCCGAAGAAGCAGAUGGUAGACAUGGAGCUUGAUGAACUGUUCCGACAACGUUUCAAGACUCUGAUCGAGCAGUAUGAGCUUCGAGAUCUUCAUUUCCACUCGCUUAUGCGCACAAAGGAACUCGAGGUGCAGUACAAUAUGGCAAGAUACGAGGCGGAAAAAAAGCGAGCCGAGGCAGAAGUGGGACGCUCCAGGCAGCUCAACGCGCAGAUCCAGACUUUUUCCAAGACCGAAGGCGAACUACGGACUCAGCUCAACGUGUACGUUGACAAGUUCAAGCAAGUUGAGGACACGCUCAACAAUAGCAAUGACCUUUUCUUGACGUUUCGGAAGGAAAUGGAGGAGAUGUCCAAGAAGUCAAAGAAGCUGGAGAAAGAAAACGAGAGUCUCAAGAGGAAGCAUGAAGCCAUGAAUCAGAACAUCUUCAAGAUGGCCGACGAGCGCACCAAAAACUUAAAGGAGCUGGAGGAACUCAGGAAGAAGACGGAGAAGCUGACGAGCAUCAUAACGCAGAUGCAGCAGCAAGGUCGCGGGAUCGCGCCGAGUGGCCUUGCCAACAGCGUCGAACCCUGCUACCCUGAGGGUGAGGAGGAAGGCGAGGGUGAAGAGAGCGAGUACGAGGAGGAGUAUGAAGACGUCAGUGAGGAGGACGGCGAAUACUACGAUGAGGAUCUUACCGAGGAGGAGGCGCAGCCUGAGCCGCAGAAAUUCGGCCCAGAGCGCCCUCAGCCCCCGCCCGUCGCGAACGGGUGCUAGGAGACCCCGCUUCAGUGUACAAUAUCUAUCUUGGUUUCGCUGGCCCUGAUGCUCUUAACUAUGUACUUGACAUUUAGGUGGGCCUUUGAAGAGAUCUUGAGUAGCUUGCUCUCGCGCGUAGGUCUGAGGUUUCGGGUUCCUUCUACGGAUCGAUUGCCUCUGGUGAAAGGUGGACGGCACAAUCGUCAAUUGACCCGUUAUGUGGCCUGAAGCAAUGGGCUCACUGAUGGGGCUUUGGCGUUGGAAAGCAGUUUGCGUGCACAUCUUUACGCAAAGAUCCCGCAUUAUUAGACGC